AUGCGGGACCCAAUGCGCUCUGCGUGGCUAUGCCUGGUGUACCCGAGCCUAUCGUCGUUUGGUAUUAAGGGCCAAGAAGUGCCCCACAGCGAGGACGAGACGUACAGUGAUAAAUCUCAAGAACUCGACCGAGAAGGACCACACCAUGUUAUCAAGUGCCCUCUUCCGGACAAGAACAUUGUCCCGCCAGCGCCAAUUGAGCAGCUCGGUCUGUGGUCCCCGUCGCUCUCCGACUUUGACAAGUGGAAGGGCAGGGCUGUGGAUUGCGUCACCGAUAAGCUGUCCGUCAAGAAGAUCCCCGAGGUGAUCUCCGAGGCCACUGGGAAGAUGUUUGACACGAUGCAGGUCACGAGGGAGUUGUUCGAGAUGGACGAGGCGCGCGCAUCCAACCCCCAGAUACACCUCAACUCAUGCGUAUUUGCCGAGGAUCUGAUCAAGGACACGCCUAUCAAGGAGUCGCGACGCCUCGUCGAGGGGUUCUGGGACUUGGGCGACUGGUGUCUCCAAGCCGGCGGUGUUGAGAAGAAUGGGGUAUGA